AUGGGUCGGAGGAAGAUUGAAAUCAAGGCCAUUAAAGAUGACCGCAACCGUUCGGUGACAUUUCUGAAGCGAAAAGGCGGUCUGUUCAAGAAGGCGCACGAGUUGUCCGUACUGUGCUCUGUCGAUGUCGCCGUCAUUAUAUUUGGCCACAACAAAAAGUUAUACGAGUUUUCAUCAGGUGAUAUAGCAGAAACCUUGGGUCGGUAUCAAUACUGGGGUCCGCCGCAUGAACAUAAAGGUCCGAGUGACUUCUCAGGCAGGGGUGGUGAUGACGAUGAGGAGGAAGUUGACGAAGAUAUGAUUGCGGAAGAAAUGGGCGCUUCAACUCAAAAUAUCAUACCGCCCCAGCUUCAGAAUCAACCCGGGUAUCAACACUUGAACCACGCUCCAUCUGCAUCUCCUCCAAUUCCCAAUGGUAUCGCUUUCGCCCCCCGUCACGGAACGCCACAACCACAAAACUCAUCCCGUCCUUCUUCGCGAAACCAUGUUCGUCAGAUGAGCACACAAUACGGUGGACAGGGGCAAGCACAUGUGACCCCUCCACCUCCUGCGAACCCCAACGGCUAUGCUUACAUGGCGAACCCGUCAAUGUAUAAUCCCAAUUCAAACCCAGAGAUGAAUGGCCGACCCCCGCAACAAGGCCAAUACCAUCAUUUCGCUCACCCAGCUCACCCCGUGACUUCACAAGCUCAAUCCUUACAACAGCAACACCAGCAUGCUCCACACCAACCUCCUCAUCUUAACGUGCCUACGCAUCAACAUCAACCGAUGCACCAUUCGUACAUGCAAGAUCAGGGACGGCACUCCCUGCCCCCGUCAAUGUCGACUGAUACCCAGCAGUAUCAAUUUCGGCCAACAUUGGCACUCCCCGACCCAACAGGGGCGCAGCAAGCCGGUGAGGUCAAGGUUGAAGGUGGCUCAUCACCAAAGACCAAAUCGCGUAGUAUCUUCACACCGAUUGACGACCAAACGUCGGUCUUUUCGCGUCAUUUAUUCGGCAGAGCGCCUUUGCGCGAAUCGCCGCAACGAGAUACGUCAGUCAAGCAGGAACCAAAAACCACAGGACCGGUCAGCCAAACUCUUCCUCUGCCUAGAGGCGGACCACCGCCGCCGCCACUAAACAGAGCUGCAACUGAACCCCAAAGAUCGCAAUCAACACCGUCUCUGAGCGACUCACAACAACCAUCGCGGCCCAAACCGCGGCUCAAGGUCCAAAUUCCAAGUGACCACUCAGACAGUGGCAGCGUGACGUCCUCGCCUCGCGAUUCGACGGGUAAGACAGCUUCAACUUCCGCCAAGAAAUCCUCUGAAACUGGUGGUUCUACGGGCGUCGUACAACUACCUCCUCCUCCGCCAUCUCCAGGCACUGGCGGGCCUAUUCUUAGUGCCGGUGCGCAGGGCCCACCGAAUCCUUUCGCUCGUCCAGCUCCGCCUGGUUCGAGCGCGCAGAACGGUGGUGGGUACGGUGGCAGUAGUAGCAGCAGCAGUAAUCAGAACAUGGAAACGCCGAUUUCGGCACUACCUAGUCGAUUCGUUUCCGAUGCUCUUCUUCCUUCUCCUUCAAGCUUCUUUCCUGAGUGGGGUUUCGGCAGGACCGGCCCAGAUACGAGUAUGUUACCGAGUCCGUUGCCCUUCACUCCUGCUGUGCAGAGCGGGCCUGGUUUUGCGCGCGACGAGGAAGCUGAGAAGAAGCGGAAGAAUUCUGACGAGGGAGGGCCUGCAGAAGCAGCUGGCAAGAAAUUGAAGACAUGA